CGUUUCGAAUCCGGUAAAUCUCAAGUUGCAACCUACAAUGAAAAAAGUCUCAAGGCGGGGCGGCUCGCGGGAGUUCAACUUCUACUUCUACAUUCUCUCUGCUAUACAUUCAAGUCCUUUCUUCUCUUCUUCUUCUUUUGCAAAUUCAUACCAAAUUCUCUGUUCUACUUUCAGAUCCUGACCAACUUCGCCCUCUUAAGUUUACAAUGAAGUAAAAGUAUGGAGUUCUGGAAUAACUAACACCAUAUACCUUCACAAGCUAGCUUGUCUUAAGCUUUGAAGAAGACUGGUUCAGAAUUAUGUAGGUUAAGGAAGAUCCCUGACUGAGAAUGUUAAGGUUUCUAGGAGUGCUCAAAUUUUUCCUUUGAAAUUCAUUUCAUCUACGGAGUUACACUACAGUAGAUUAGAGUAGGUGAUGGAAAUGGCUGUUUGCAAUGAAAAAGCUAGUUUGGAAAAGAAAAGGAAAAGAAAGCAGAGGAGGGGUAACACCACUAGAGGUGAUAACAAAGUUUGCAAUCCUGCUGAAGAUAAUGCUUCAACAGAAAAUAAUGUUUCUCAAGGAUUUCCAAAUGAAAUGUGCUUGAACAUGGACCCCGAAAUGGGGCAAUCUCAUUUAGAAGGAAAUUUACUAGGACAAAAGAAUGAGGAGAAGCACGGCAAUUUACAGUGUGGAGAAGCUACUGGAAUAUCUGUCUUGACCCUUUUGAACGUUAAAGUUCCUAAAGAAGAUGAUGAGACAUCUACUUCCCCAAAUGUAGACUUUGGUUCGGUAGAUGGAAAGGAAAAUUCUUCAGUUCCCGAGGAUCCAGAUGGAAAAGGUACUAACAUGGUUAAAAGAGAUGAUGAACAUACAGAGACUGUAGAUCAUUCAACUUCUUCAAGCCAUGUUGAAUCCCAAAGGAUAAGGAAAAAAAGGCGACGUCGUAGAAAGAGAAGGCCGUUAGAGUCCCCCCAAAAAAGUUUGGAAACCAAUAUGGAGGACGAAAAGAAAGUUUCUCUACUGAAUCAUCCUCAUGAAGAGGAGACAAAUAACCAUCUUAAAAACUUUGUAAUGGAAGAGGUUAUUAAUGGUGUUCUGUUGGAAGAAUCAGUUGACUGCUCAAUUAGUGAAAAAACAGAGUCGUUGGCUGCAAAUACAAAGGAAAGCUCUGUGGUUAUUGCAGAUCCUCAGAAGUCCAAGGAUUUUGAAAAUGCUACCAUGGUUAAAAAAGAUGAUGACUGCUUAGAGACUAAGCAUUGCUUGGUUCAAUCAAACGGUGAUGAUACCCAUGGCAAAACAAAAAGAGAGAGAAAAAAAGGUCGAAGAAGGAGAAAGUUUGCAGAUACCUUUGAAGAAAGUUUGAAUUCUGAUGUGGAAGACAUUAAGAAAGAUGCUGCAUUCAACUGUUUAAAUGAAGAGGGUGCAACUAGUUUGCAUGGGCAUUCUACCACCACCAAGAUAGUAGAAAAUGUUUUGGUGGAAGAAGUGUUAGUUGACUGCUCUGUGGAUAUCCAUACAUCAGAUGUGAAGGAGAGAGAGGAAACCAUAAAGAAAAAUGUUCCUCAUUUCUUGGCUUGUGAUGCAACAAAUGAUAACAUCAAUGCAAAUGUUUUGUCAAAGAAAAAGCUUCUCAUACUUGAUGUAAAUGGACUGCUCGUUGAUUUUGUUCCAUAUUUUCCAGAUGGAUAUACUCCGGACUUUGUUAUAUCACGCAAAGCAGUGUUUAAGAGGCCCUUCUGUGACGACUUUCUACAGUUUUGUUUUGAGAGAUUUGAAGUGGGGAUAUGGUCAUCGAGAACCUGGAAGAAUCUGGACAUGUUAGUUAAGUUUCUUAUGAGAGAUUCCAGACACAAGCUACUUUUUUGCUGGGAUCAAUCGCACUGUACAACUACAAGGUUCACCACUAUUGAGAACGAUAAGAAGCCCCUUGUCUUGAAGGAAUUGAAAAAAAUAUGGGAAAAUAUGGAACCAAAUCUUCCAUGGAAAAAGGGGGAGUUCGAUGCGUCAAAUACUUUAUUGUUGGAUGAUUCCCCAUACAAGGCCUUGCGCAAUCCAGCUAAUACUGCAGUAUUUCCCAAUUCAUAUCGGUACAGGGACAGUGAUGAUACAUCAUUAGGGCCUGGUGGUGAUCUUCGCACUUAUUUGGAGGGUGUAUUUACGGCAGAAAAUGUUCAAAAAUAUGUUGAACAGAAUCCAUUUGGUCAAAAACCCAUAUCAGAGUCUAGUCCAUCUUGGAAAUUCUACCGUAAGAUUAUAGAUAGUGAGAAGGAAAGAUGAUGUAGGUGUUCAUUGACUCAAGUAUGAAGUCCGAUCUAACUUCCCAAGUAUAUGUAGCUUGUAUGCUCUGGAGUCAUUUCCGUGACAGGAUUCCCACAUGCUGAUGAUUAGUUCACAAAAGACGUGACCAUAGAUUUAAAGAUUGGUUCAUAGAUUAUUUGCUAUAUAAUAGUUCAUCCUCUGCCAUAGUUGGAUAACCGUUGCUUAUCUUGCAAGAUUAGAAGAGCCUUUGAUCCCCUAUAUAUAUUUUGUUAGUUUUAUGUUUCUUUGUUGCAAAUUUUGUCAACUAAUCCGGUGAGUACAGAUUCACCGUUUUUCUUAACGAUACUUACUUUUAGUUGUAGAUUACGAGCACACAGAGAGAGUUUUUACUUGUUAGAAAUACGCAGCUAGAAAUCCAGUUUACUCUAGCCAAAUCGUUGCAUUGUAUUUUUAUUUUGUAGAAGCAUUUACGGCUUGUAGUUUGAAAUUUAUUUCUGACGAGGGAUGGAAGAUUUUAAGCAAUGUUUUGACAAAGAUGUAAUUUGAUUCAUUUUAGACACUUUUGUUAUGUAUUUUGACGCUUAUGAAGGCUAAUUCUGUACUCUAUAAUGCUUGGUUAUCUCAUAUAUCUUUGCAUUUAGAAAAAA